GAUUGAUGUCUUCAGUAUUUAUAACGAUGAUCUGUAUCACUGAAGAAGCUGCCGCCGACAGAUGUAAGAAAUACGCCGACCAAGUCCUUCUCGUGUCCAUGGACGGGUUCAGAUAUGACUAUCCAGAAAAAACGCCCACACCAAACUUCGACAAAAUGGCGCGAAAUGGAGUGAGAGCGCAAUACGUCAACAAUACAUUCCUCACCAAGACCUUCCCAACCCACUACAGCAUCGUUACAGGACUGUACGAUGAAAGUCACGGAAUUGUUGGAAAUACCAUGUACGAUCCUCAAUUCGACGAAAUCUUCACCCUGGCGUCAAAAGAGACGAAAUGGUGGGACAGUGGAGAACCCAUUUGGAUAACAGCCCGAAAGCACGGCCUUACUUCCGGUACCAUGUUCUGGCCCGGAAGUGAAGUGGAGAUUCAAGGAAUGUAUGCAAACAAGUGGUAUAACUAUGAUAAAUCCAUUACUUUCGAUCAACGUAUAGAUAUCGUCAUUAACAUGCUGAAACACGACAAAUUUAAUUUUGUAACCACUUAUUUUCACGAGCCGGACCGGACUGGACACAUCUACGGACCAAAUUCACCGGAAAUUGUCGAAAAGAUCACGGAGAUGGACACACUUCUCGGAACACUCUUGGACAAAUUGACUGCAAAUGGACUCCAAAAUAAAGUUAAUCUAAUCCUGACAAGUGACCACGGAAUGACCGAAAUAGAUUGCGAGAACAAACUUUUGGAUAUUUACAAUUUAGUGGAUAAAUCCUUGAUCGAGCGCACAGUGGACAGUGGUCCGAUUAUGCACGUGGUUCCAAAUGUUGGACAGGGAGAUACUAUUUUAAAUGCAAUAAAUAAUCACCCUCACUUCACAGCCUACAGAAAAGCUGAUAUACCUGACAGAUGGCACUAUAAAAACAACCGAAGAGUAAUGCCGAUCUUUGUGGUGUCCGAUGAAGGAUGGUCUAUAACAGAGAAUGCUACUGCCAUUAGACUCAAUCCAGGAAAAGGUAACCAUGGAUACGACAACGAUUUGAUGUCAAUGAAGCCGAUAUUUUAUGCCAUGGGUCCUAACUUCCGGUCGAACUUCCUUGCACCACCACUCAGGUCAGUUGAUAUUUACACACUGGUGUGUGAACUACUUGGUAUUUCGCCGUCUCCUAACAACGGUACCCUAGACAACACAGCAGACCUCUUGCAACCUUUCAACAACGACCAACAAAUUUGUGAUGGGGCUAUCAGUUUCACUUCUGGAAGACUGAGUCUUCUGUCAUGGAUUCUUUCCGUCGUUGUCAUGGUUAUGACAUAAAAAAGUUACAUAACAGAGACGGAAAUGUCGAAGUCCAGCGAAAUCUUGGAAAUGGAAAGUUGAGACCGAAAGGAGUGCACAUCUUGUAACCACAAUAAACACCAAUACUACAAUCUAUUGCACAAAUACAUAUAGUUGUACAUCGUCUCUUGGAUAUGACACUCACG